AUGGCUACUCAGGAGACUUUUCAUCCAAAACUAAUCAAGUUAUCGAGCGACUUGGGAUCUGUCGUGACCGAUGGAUACGGAACCUUUGACGUGUCUAUGAUUGACGUCGAGUCCGAACACGACGACGACGUUGAACAAUGUCAGCCCUCCUUCUACGAACGUCUGGACUCGAUGUGCUCCAAAGAGUGUCUGUUGAUCUGGUUGGUCCUGUCUGUGCCGUUCAAACUCCUGACGUACAAGACACUGCUGUUUCAUACCGCUAAUUUCAUCUUCUCCGUCGUUGCCAUCAUCUGCGUCUUCACGCUUUCAAUGGGGAAAGUAUUGCAGUCCCUUGUAGCUGCAUGGGGUACCAAGUUUCGACGUAUCGAAUUAUGGACGUUGCAGCAUUUGUUGCAAUUGGACUGCGCACUUUACAACUUUAUCUCACCACGUGAUGAGCAUCUAAUGGUCUACAGUCCAUCGAUCCAUAUGCAACAGGCAGAAGGACUCUAUGGAAUGUAUGCACAGCUCUAUUUUGGUGGCGUGAAGCUGCUAGCAACGGGUAUUCCUGGUGCAUUUGCAGUGCUCAUGUUCAUCUGGUCAUUGCAAAACGUCAUUGUCAUGGCUCUGCGGAAUGAACCUGAAGCAAGUGCUACCACUGGUCACUUGCUGAGUAUUUACUACAACCUCGACAUGAUGAUGGUUGUAGCAGUUGUAGCCAUCUACGCCUCUGUCAUCCUGCUGUAUGUGUUUGCCUUUAUCUCGCAACAGCUCACGAUUUUCUUUUGCUCACAGUAUUUACUGUAUGGUACUGGACUAUACUAA